UUUUUUUUUUUACCAAAAUCUAACUUCCAAAUAUAAUUUUAAGAUUGUUAAGAUAAAAAAAAAAAAAUUAUUAACAUAUUUGAAAAAAAAAUUGUACUCAUUCAAAAUUUAUUUUUCUUCAUCAAAAAAAAAAAAAAAGGAGGGAGAGGGAAAAUUCCCUAAAAAUCUCUCUACUCUCUGUUUCGUCUCUCUUCACAGAAAUUUAUCUUAAGCAUUCUGGUCUGUAAAAUGGAAUACAGGGACGAAGUGGGUUCUUCUCCAAUUGGGUCGAGACAGUCGGACUUGAAGAAAUCUUUCAAGCUCGCUGUAGUUUCCUUGCUCACUGCCUGUUCUAAGCAGGAUAUAAGCAAGGCAUUUCCUAAUUUUGCUGCUUCUGAGCAAGAUUAUCUUCAUCGUCUCUUUAUUCAGGUCGUGGCUUCUUUGCAUGGAAAUAUACAGGAGGAAUUUGAAUCACUGUGUCUUGAAAGUCAGGUGGGAACUACCCUUGAUACGGUGGAGCAAUUUUUGGAAGAACAAGCUCUCAACCCUUUGCAUCGAGAUAAGACUAAUGUAUUCGAUGUUGCUCAGAAUGUAUUGACAUUGAAAAAGAACGAAAUCCAGCACUUGGAGAACAUGCUACAAAAGGCGGAAGAACAAAAUUGCCUCAUUCGAGCUCAAAUUGAAGGUUUAAAGGAAAAAGAGGCGGAUGUCUCAGUCAUGGCUGAUGCUGUUCAGAAGUUGAGAAGAGGGAGUUUAAAUUAUGGGCUACCAGGAAGCAAUGACAUAACCACCAACCCAUAAUUAUUAAAUGGGAAUACAAGUACUUUGAACCGAUCACUUCAAAUUGAAGGUCCCAUGUACUUACACUUACAAUAUCAUUGAGAACCUUCAUGUAUGAAUCAUGUAAUUAGAUAUUGUUAAGAAAAUAUUUAAACAACUAUUAUGAACUGAUAAACAACGAAUUGUAGUUUGAGGUUAUUUUUGUAAGAAAUCAUUGCUUUAAAUACUUCAAUAUUUGUUAACAACUAUAAAAAUUGUUAACACAACAUGGAAGCAAUUGAAAAAAUUAAUAUAUCAAAUAUGAUAUUUUAAUCGUAUUAAAUAAUAUUAUAUCUAAAAA